AUGGCAAGUAUUACUAAUACCAAAAUUGAAAAUUCAAUAUACAGUUGUAAAUCAAUUCAAUCAAUUGCAGAUGAUAUCUUGGAUAGUAUAGAACAAACAAUAAAAAAAGAUACAAUUAAUAGCAUCGAUAGUAAUGUUGGUGAAUUACAUAUAAACACAGUCAUUGACCAUUAUUUACAAGCAAUUAAUUUAUCAUAUGAUAUCUCUGAAGAUAAAGAAAUUAAUGAAAAUAUAAAAUGUCAAAUUGAAAAUAUAAGAUUUGAAUUAAUAAAGAAAAGAAAUAAAGCUAUAGAAAUUAAAGGAAGAAUCUUAUCAAAAGAUGAAAAUGUAAAUAAUAACACUGAAAAUCAACAACACACAACAUUAUUAACCAUAUCAGAAUGUGUAAUUUAUAAAUGGAAAGAAGAUAAUAUCGAACAAAAAAGAGCACUAGAAUUAACAUCUUCCCCAAAGAUUGGCGGUGGUGUUGGUGGCGUUGGUGUAAGUGGCCAUUUGAUGUCAACAAAUAAAAUUGUAAUUGAAAAACAAAUUAUUGGAAGUGGUAUAUUUUAUUUAAAGAAAGCAAAUGAUAAAAUUCAUUACAUUCAAAUUAAAUUCAAAGAUUCAUUAAAGAAUAAUGAAAAUCAAGGUAUAAAUGGUAUUUCAAAUCAAACUUUUAUUUUAACUUCACAAACACCAAUUUUAAUUCACUCAAAAGGUCAUUACGUUAUAAAGAGUGAUGAAGAUUAUUUCGGUUUAUUGUUCCCUCAUAAUAUACCAUUGGUUUAUAUUGAUAUUCUUGAAAGAAAGUUAGAGUUGAUCUCUUUUUUAAUUACAUUACCAAAUGAAAAUGAAUCAACUACAACUACUACUACUACUACAACUACUACUACAACUACUGCAAAUGGUGAUGGAGAAGAAGAUGAUAUUACUACUACAAAAAUUUCUCAAGAAAACGAUAAAUUAAUAAUUAAAGAUGAUGGUGAUACAGCAAUUUUAGAGAAAAGUAAAGAUGUUGAUUUUGUUGUCAAUUCAAUUAAAUCUGCAACAAAUGGUGUUGACUCUGGUUCACAAACUAUUGCUGCUUGUAUUUUAUCAGCAUCUUCAAUAAUAUCAUUAAGUUUAAGAGGUGGUGGUUAUAAAUUAAUGUCAACUAUGGAAAAGAAUGAAAAACCUGCUGAGGUUUCACCAAUAAUUGUAAACACAGUCGAAGGUGUAAAAAGCGUAACCUCAUAUGCUAAACAAGGUUCUUCCUAUAUCAUUGGUUCAUUAUCGAGCGCAGUUGCAACCGUUGGUGGUGGUGUUGUUAAUUUAGUCCGUCCUUCAGAUGGUGAUGAUUGUGAAUGUGAAUGUGAAAAAUCAAAAGAAGAAGAAGAAAAAGAAGAAGAAAAUAUUUAUAAAAAUGAAGCAUUAAAUUUCGGUAAAACUACAAUUAAAUCAAUUGGUUCAAUCAUUGGUGCAAUUGGUGAUGGUAUUAGUAUGGUCUAUGAUGAAGCCACUGGAACAACCGUUGAUUUAGUCAAUUAUAAAUUUGGUGAACAUGCUGCCAAAGUUACCGAUCAAACCAUUUCAAUAUCAAAAGAUGUUUUCGAUACUGCAAUGAAUGUUAAAAAUUUACCAAUUAAUGUCGUUAAAGGUGGUGGUAAAUUAAUUAUUGAAAAAAAUUUCAUUAACAAAGAAACCACCUCCACCAUCACCAAUACUGAAAAUGAUAAAGAAAUUAUAAAUGAUGAAAAAUAUAUUGUAUCGUUAGAAAAGAAAGAAGAUUUUGAAAUUCAACAACAACAACAACAAGAACAACAAGAAAAAGAACAACAAGAAAAAGAACAACAAGAAAAAGAACAACAAGAACUUGAAAAAAUUCUUUCAACAAAUAAUGAAGAAGAAAUAUUAAAGUAUACUUUAGAAAAGAGUGUAUUAUUUCAAUAA